AUGGCGCGCCUCAAGCUCCUGCUCCUUCAGGUGAGCGCUUGUCUGGGCACGAUGGAAGAGAGGAGUUACGAGCACUUCGGGCUCUUGAACCAACUCCGGGCCGCUGGCUUCACCUGUCCGGGUGGGAACUCGUAUGCCCCGAAUGAUGUCCCUCUCAAGUUUGACUGCCGCUUGUGGGCCGCCGCGCAGCUCCACUCUCAGGACAUGGCAGACAAUGGGUACUUCUCCCACACGAGCCAAGAUGGUAGAAGCCCAUGGGACAGAGCUGAAGCUCAGGGCAUCAGAGCCAACGGUGAAAACAUUGCUGCGGGGCGCAGUGGUGCUGAAGCGGUGUUGGAACAAUGGAAAAACUCGGAUGGGCAUUGCAAGAACAUGAUGAAUCCGGGCUUUCGCGUCUUUGCAGUAGGCUAUGCCUACAACUCCGGUUCCAGAUACAGGCACUACUGGACCCAAAUGUUCAAGAGCUCGGACGUGUCCGAUCUGGACACUUCGUGCUACAUACCUGAAGCUACUACUAGCAGCACAAGCACCACUACCACCACCACAACCACUACGACCACCACCACUACCACCACUACCACCACCACCAGCACCACCGUCAGCACUGCGGCCACAAGUGCCAAUGCGACUGAGAGCAACACGACGAGCAUCCAAGCCUCUACGCCGACCACGAACAGCACAAUGUUCAACGGCACAGGCGAGGCAAAUGCUUCGUCCACACUUGCCACAGAAUCGACGACUCCUGCGUCGAACCCAAGUACUAGCGUCACUUCCUCCAUGGCCACCGCGAGACAGGUCGAGAUGUCGACGUCAAUCUCGGAGCUUCAGAGCACCACUGUCUUCGAAAUUCGACCGGGGCUUCUGAAGGGCGAGAUCGUCGUGCGAACCUCCCACCCUGGUGGCUUCUUCGCUUCGGAAGAGCUCCAGGAGCUUGUGAGAGCCUUUCUCGAGCGCUUGGGCGAUGGAUUGCUGCAGGCCUGGCGUCCAAGUCCAAGUGCGUGCAAGCGCACUGGCCAUAAGCACGGAGCAGAGUGA